AUGGCAGCUACUACAAUCGAAACUCCUUUCGAUGAAUUAUGCCGAAGAAAUUUAUUUACAAAAGUGCCUCCUCAACCCAAAAUAGCAAAACCAGGUCAAUUGUCAGAAGAUAUGGUGAAACAAUUCUUUGAAGAAGGUUUUGUGAUUGUUGAGAAUUAUUUCCUUCCUGAAGAACUGGAUGCUUGCCGAAAAGCUGUGGACAAACUUGUUGAUGAUUUGGCACUCAAACUUUAUCAAGCAGGCAAGGUGAAAAAUUUAUAUAAAGAGCUCGGAUUCAAUCAACGCUUGAUAAAAUUAGAAGAAGAAUUUCCUGGAGCAAACAUUAUCUUUCUUAAACAAGGAAUUUUACCAAAAGCAAUGCAGGACCUGUGGUCAAAUGAACGUCUUCUGAAUGCUAUUGAGCAACUAAUUGGGCCAGAAAUUGCUGGUCAUCCAGUAUGGAACUUGAGGCCCAAAACACCCCAUAAUGCAGCUACAACUGUCCCUUGGCAUCAAGAUGUUGCCUAUCUUGAUGAAGACAGUUACAAUGUCUUGACACCAACAGCCUGGAUUCCAUUGGUUGAUACAAAUGAAGAAAAUGGAUGUAUGCAAGUUGUUAGAAAGGGACACAUUUCUGGGAAAGUAGUAAAGCAUGAAUGCUGUGCAGGUCCCACUUGGUACGUGAUGUUAGAUGAGAAAGAAAUGGAAGAAACCCUUGGAGUGAAUCUUAAAGAAGAUGUGGUGCUCUGCCCAGUUCCCUAUGGGGGAAUGCUUCUAAUUAAUAAUUUGAUUCCACACCAAAGCCUACCAAAUAUUUCCAAUGGAAUUCGCUGGAGUCUUGAUCUUCGCUGGCAAAAUCCGGAAAAGCCCUGGGGAUUUUAUGGUUUGAAAGAAGGCAUCUUGAUGAGGUCUUUAAAGAAUCCUGUCACCCAUAUUGGCUGGGAUUAUUUUAAUGCUCUCAACCGAAGUGAUUUAGAAAAUAAUGCAUCAUCUAAUAAGGUGGAAGACAAAUUUGACACGACAAUAUCUGGACCAUGGAUGCUGAGAUGGGAAAUAACUCAUAAAAAUCAUCAUACUGCUUCUCUGAAAGGCAGCCAAACAUCUUUGCAUUAA